AUGUCAGUCCAUUGCAUUCCAAAAGUUUGGGGUAUCAUUGGAAGCUCAUUACGAAAUGAACAGGCACAGUUCAUACACGACCCUGAGAAUUCAGGAGUUCCAUUGACCGCAGCGACAACACACGAUGUGAAGGGUCCUUCGCCCCUCAUGCAGGCUUCGCAGCUGUUUGUGGUUAGAAACAUUCCAACACGUUGA